AUGGAGAAUGCACAGCUUUGUCAUUUAUCUUUAGGAUAUAAUUCUUCUAAUAAGCCUAACUUAUUUGGUUGUGAUUCUUCUAAUUGUUUUAUUUCUAAUACUACAUUUAAUGAAGAAACAGAUCAUUUACAACAACCUAAUUCAAUUAAUGAAAUUGAGAAUAAAGAACCCGACUUUAUUCCUGAAGAAGAUCAUGAUAAUAAAAAAUCCGUUGAUAGUAUCUCAACUUUCUGGAACAUUGCAAUACUACAGUUUAUUCAACAAUAA